AUGCACCGGGGGUGGGGGCGGGGCGACUUUGAGGAGCGGCAGCGGUCGUUCUUCCCGGGCCUCCGCCCGCCCCGCGUAGUCCGCUGCGAGGAACCCCCACCCACGUCGUUCCCCGACCCGCUGGGCUCGGAGGACCCGGAAGCAGCGGCGGCUAGCGCCGCUGCAGCUGCGGCCGCGGCCGCGGAGAGGGAGCCCGUGCACUUCGAGAAGUUCAACCGCGAAUGGCAGCAGAUGGCGGAGCAGGACAAUUUCGACGGCUUCCGCAUCGAGGCGGCAAAGCAGGUCACGAAAUGGCUCCAGGCGGCGCACACGCUGUUCCUCGGGACGCAGCUCCGCGAAUGCGGCUACAUCUACCAGUUCGGGCCCGCCUUUCAGACCGAGGACCAGAGGACCAUGCUCGUUGCGCGGGCAGGUCUUGAUGGGGCUGUGAACGGCCGCUUCAUCCAGAAGUUCGGCGAGGGCACGGAGCUGAAGGGCUCAUCCAACUCCCACCUGAAGGAGCCCGCACGCAACAUGCACGAGGGCUCCGUGGAGUACACCGGCGAGAACACCACGCUCGCGGCCAAGCUGGCCUGGCAGGGGGCGUGGCUGCUCGGCGGCGCCUUCACGCAGCGGGUCGUCCCCUCCCUGCACCUCGGUGGGGAUCUCGUUUUGGUGGCAGUCAACGGCGUGACGUCAAUCGGCCAGGUGGGGAUGCGCUAUGCGGAGGGGAGGGACAUCUUCACCGCCACUGUCAGCCGCACCCCAGACCCGAAGUCGCAGAUGGGCGCCAACCUGCACGAGGUCGGCGCGUCCAGCGCUGGUGAGAGCGGCCAGUUCACAACCUCCGCAGGUGAUUCCACAGGCGCGGGUGGUCAUGGCCAUCUGCUCGACGAGGACAUCCACGGGAUCGUCUGCUUGCCCAUGCUCCAAGGCCGGUCUCCGUGGACGUGGCGGCCGGCGUGCAUCAGGCGCGUCAGGGCCAAGGAUGCGCCGGACCAUGCCCCGUGCUUCAGCCAAUGCCUGCCACUGGCGGAGCCCCAGGCGUCGGCGCGCAUCAGUGUCUGA